AUGACAGCAACCAUUUGUGUGGAUGAGAUGAAGCUGGUUGGUGGCGUCGAAGAGAUAACUUUCAUUGUACUGAAUUACGAGAUAAUCGUCAUCGAUGACGGAAGCCCGGACGGGACCUUGGAGGUGGCGAAACAACUGAAAACAAUUUAUGGAGAGAACAAAAUUCUUUUACGACCAAGACAGUCGAAGUUAGGCCUAGGCACUGCUUACAUCCAUGGUAUGAAGCACGCCACUGGAAACUUCAUCAUCAUCAUGGAUGCUGAUCUCUCCCAUCAUCCCAAAUUCAUUCCAGAGUUUAUCAAGAAGCAGAAAGAAGGCGAUUACGAUUUGGUGUCUGGCACUCGUUACCAAGGCAACGGCGGUGUCUACGGUUGGGACUUGCGCCGGAAGCUCAUCAGCCGAGGUGCCAACUUUCUGACUCAAGUGAUGCUGAGGCCCGGCGCCUCGGACCUCACGGGCAGCUUCAGACUGUACAAGAAGGACGUCCUGGAGAGUCUGGUCGAGCGCUGCGUGUCCAAAGGUUAUGUCUUUCAAAUGGAGAUGAUUGUCCGAGCCAGACAGCUCAACUACACCAUUGGAGAGGUUCCCAUCUCCUUCGUAGAUCGCGUCUACGGCGAGUCCAAGCUUGGAGGGAACGAGAUUGUGUCGUUCGUGAAAGGACUGCUCACGCUCUUCGCCACCACAUAAAUCCCUCGUGUGGUAUACUGCUCACUCUGUAAUACCGUAUCGCUACCAUGUUGGUACUAAAUAGAUGAUAUGUUCAUCGUCGUAGGUACAUCAUCAUGGUUUGUACUAUGCUGUACGUUUUUAGAGCGCUUGUCGUUAGGGUCGAGCUGAGCUGGAGCCUAUCCCAGCACACAUACUGUAUUUACAAGCCAGCAUUCACACCCAUGGAUAGUUGAUGCUACUCAAUCAACGUAACACAUUUUUGGGGCAGGUAGAAGAAAAUCCACAGAAGCAAAAGGAGAACAUGCAAAGUC